GCCCGUGUUGCAUAGUAAAAUCGAAUCAGUCAGUUCGCGCUAGUCAUGCAGCAAUGACGCUUGUGUUAUACCGUUGAUAUAAAUCGAUUUCGAAGUUGUUUUUGAGUUUAGUGUGUAUAAAUAAAUAUUAAUUAAAAUUUAAAAUUUCGAUAUGUCUGAGCGAAUGAAGUGUUUUAAUAAUGAUGGUGAAUGCAGUAGCCUACAAGUUACUAAUCGAGAGGAUAUUGCUUUGCAUGAUAGGAAGAGCGGAUCGGUGAAGGUAGAGAUCACUGCUCUUCAGCAGCCCUUGGGACAGUCCCAACAGAGGACGUUGACGCACCUGGUCAAGAGAGACCCGGUUGAGUUGGCCUUUCAUGACCUGACAUACAAAGUCACCGAGGGCAGAAAGAAAAAUGUGAAGACAAUUCUUCAUGCAGUUAGCGGCCGCUUGAGGUCAGGCGAGCUGACUGCCAUUAUGGGACCUUCGGGUGCUGGAAAAAGUACUUUGCUGAAUAUUCUUACUGGAUAUAUGACCGAAGGAAUGGACGGUUCCAUAACUAUGAACGGCGAGGAGCGUAAUCUAAGUCGAUUCCGCAAGUUGUCCUGCUACAUAAUGCAAGACAAUCAACUUCAUAAUAAUCUUACCGUACAAGAAGCGAUGCAUGUCGCCACCAGUUUGAAACUCAGCAGCGACACUGAUCCGGAACAUAAGCAACAAGUUAUUAAAGAAAUCUUAGUCACAUUGGGCUUGGAUGAACAUCGUCGUACUUUGACUGGAGAUUUAUCUGGUGGUCAGAAGAAACGUCUGUCAAUUGCUCUCGAGUUGGUUAACAAUCCACCAGUUAUGUUCUUUGACGAACCCACAUCUGGUCUGGAUUCUUCAUCCUGCUUCCAAUGUAUAUCUUUGUUGAAGCAGUUGUCUCGUGGUGGAAGAACUAUUAUCUGUACAAUUCACCAACCUUCUGCCAGAUUGUUUGAAAUGUUCGAUCAUUUAUAUACAUUGGCGGAAGGGAAAUGUGUCUAUCAAGGAUCCACUGGCCAACUAGUUCCUUUCCUCGGCGGUCUCGGUUUGCAAUGCCCGGCUUACCACAACCCGGCAUCCUUCGUGAUCGAGGUCUCCUGCGGCGAGUAUGGUAAUCAUAAUGCUCAGCUCGUCAAAGCCAUUCGAAAUGGAAAGAACGACAUCAGAAGCUCCCAGAACACCAUCACGAAUGGCCUUAAUAAUCUAACAGCCGCGGCUAAUGGCAAUGGUAAUGGGGUUUACAAGAACGGAAAUGCACAGAUUCAUAAUGUUAACGAAUUGCGCCACGAUGCUGAAGAGAAGUUCUCUGAGAAAGGACAUGAUAAUAAUGGAUCACUGGUGCCGCAGUAUAUGGUCAAUGAACUACUGAAAAAUGGACAAGUUCUGCCUAUGCAAAAGGAAACUAAUCCAGACAAUGUCACUGUGGCUUUAUUGGAUCCAGGAGCAAAUCCUAAUAGCUAUCCCACUUCUGAACUUCAACAGUUCUGGGUUGUACUCAAGAGAACACUUUUAUUCAGCAGAAGAGAUUGGACCCUUAUGUAUUUGAGAUUAUUCGCACACAUUCUCGUUGGUUUCCUAAUCGGUGCAUUGUAUUACGACAUCGGAAAUGAUGGUGCCAAAGUUCUCAGCAACUUGGGUUUCUUGUUUUUCAACAUGUUAUUCCUUAUGUACACUUCUAUGACCAUUACUAUUCUUUCAUUCCCGCUCGAAAUGCCGGUUUUGUUGAAGGAACAUUUUAAUCGGUGGUAUUCAUUAAGAUCAUACUAUUUGGCAAUUACUGUGUCGGACAUUCCUUUCCAGACGAUCUUCUGCAUAAUCUACGUUACCAUCGUGUAUUUCCUGACAUCUCAACCACUUGAGAUAGCUCGUUUCUCGAUGUUCUUGGGUGCUUGUCUCCUGAUCUCAUUUGUUGCCCAAAGUGUCGGAUUGGUAGUAGGAGCUGCAAUGAACGUCCAAAAUGGAGUAUUUUUGGCACCUGUGAUGUCUGUACCAUUCCUGCUCUUCUCUGGAUUCUUUGUAUCUUUCGACGCGAUACCAGUUUACUUGCGCUGGAUCACUUAUUUGAGUUACAUCAGAUAUGGAUUCGAAGGAACAGCUUUGGCAACUUACGGUUUUGCCAGAGAGAAACUAAAAUGUUUCCAAGUCUACUGCCAUUUCAAGAAUCCCGAAACCACUUUGGAAGAAUUGGAUAUGUUGGAUGCUGAUUUUACCGUCGAUAUCAUUGCUCUUAUUGUCAUAUUCGUGGUACUAAGAGUUGCGGCCUUUCUCUUCUUGAGAUGGAAACUGAAGACCACACGAUAA